AAGAUGAAUUGCUGUGAACAAUGGAAGCCUGUUGUUGCCAUGUUGGUCAUAAACUUUGCAUUGGCUAUGGUUAAUGUACUUCUGAAGAAGACUUUGGAUCAAGGAUUGAACCAUUUGAUUAUUGUUACUUAUCGACAGUCGAUUUCUGCUGUUUUCUUGGCACCUAUUGCCUUCUUUUGGGAAAGGAAAAGCAGACCGGAGCUUACAUUUCGAAUCAUAUGCCAACUUUUCUUCAGUGCUCUUAUUGGGGUAACAUUCACACAAUACUUAUUUCUUAUUGGACUUCAAUACACCUCUGCUACAUAUUCCUGUGCCUUCAUCAACAUGGUGCCUGUUUUCACCUUCCUAUUGGCUCUACCAUUUGGGCUAGAGAAAGUGAACAUAAAGAGCAAGGGUGGCAUAGCCAAAAUCCUGGGUGCGCUGAUAUGUAUUGCUGGAGUUUUGUCAUUGACAUUGUACAAAGGAAUACCACUAACAAACCCUAAUUCACAAGACACAACUCAAAUGCAAAACCAUGCCAAUACCAUGACUUCAGCUAAGAAGACAGAGAGGUGGGCAGUUGGUUCAGUGCUUUUGCUGGUAGGCUGCCUCUUGUGGUCUUCAUGGUUCCUCAUACAAGUAAAAGUUGGCAAGAGCUACCCUUUUCAAUACUCCAGCACCGCUAUCUUGUCGUUUUUCGGUGCCAUUCAGGCAGCCAUCUUGUACCUUAUCACUGAGAGGAACCUCACCAUGUCAAUGUGGGCUAUGAAAGGAAAGUUGGAGAUCUUAACUGUCAUAUAUGCUGGAGCAGUUGGAUCAGGGUUGUGCUAUGUAGGGAUGUCAUGGUGUGUGAAGCAGAAGGGUGCACUAUUCACAGCAGCAUUUACACCCACCAUUCAGAUAUUUGUGGCUCUGGUGGACUUCUCUUUCUUUCAUGAACAAAUUUAUCUUGGAAGUGUGGUGGGAUCUGUCCUGGUCAUAAUUGGCAUGUACAUUUUACUGUGGGGUAAAAGCAAUGAUCCAAAGUUAAUUGUGAUCAAGCAUACACAAGCAGCUGAAGAUGAAGAUGCAGAAUGUGGUCCAAUGCCACAAAACAAAUAA